GGUAUCUGAGCUCACAGUGACGUGGCCCUUAGGAGACCUAGAGAGCUGACGCGUGGAUUCGUGUUUCCUCCAGACCGCAGUCUGGUAGUCGUUCGUGGCUGUGCGCCGUCUCGCUGUUGCUUGCCUUGAAGGCAGGCGAGCCUGUAACCCAGAGAAGGAGGAAGUCGUAGAAGCUGACCCUGAUCCAUAGCAGGUCGGUGUAAGCGUGGGCGCUGCUUGCGGACCCUGGGGUCUUUAGGUCGGUUGGUGCAGCAGAUUUCAAGGCUAAGAGAGGAAGACUGCUUCUGAUCCCUGCAGGAAGAGUAAGCAGGGAAAAAAAAAAAAUCUCAACAUGGAAAAUGUCCCCCAGGAAAGCAAAGGAGACGAGCAGGCUCCGGUGCAGAAUGAAGAAGAAGCCCACCCUUUGGGAGGUGGUGAAGGCCAGGAGCCUGGAGGAAAUAUGAGAGCGGGUUGGGCCCCACCUGCCCAUGAUGUUAGAGAGGAUAUGCCCAAUAGGCUUGUCAAUAACCUUGACAUGAUAGAUGGAGAUGCAGAUGAUAUGGAACGGUUCAUGGAGGAGAUGAGAGAGCUAAGGAGGAAAAUUAGGGAGCUUCAGUUGAGGUACAGUUUGCGCAUUCUUAUAGGCGAUCCCCCUCACCAUGACCAUCAUGAUGAGUUUUGCCUUAUGCCUUGAAUGCUGAGGUUAAUAAUAAUAAACCCCCUGCUUCCCAAAGUUGCAUUUUCUUGAUGUACCCUUUGCUGUGAACCUGUGAUUUUCUGUCAUUUUUAUUAUUGGAGAUUUUAUUUCAACUUAGUCUAGAAGUUUUUCUGUCAGCAGGGGAGUUUCAUCAACUUGCAUGGAAAGAUGUUUAUUACAUACUGUGAAGGUAAUAAAGCAGUUUAAAAAGCA